UUCUCAUUUUUUCAUUUUCCAAAACCCUAAAAAACGUUACAGAGAGAUUCUCUUUCUAUAUAUAAAAAAAUUAUAAGCUCUUCCUCCAACGCAGUGAAGAGAGAUUUCUAGUUCUGUUUUUUCUUUCAUUUGGAGAUGUGAUUUUGACGAAACAAUUUUCUAGGGUUUGUCGUUAUCACACUCACUCGAUCUCGUGUUAUUAGGACUGUGUUCUUUUUCAAAAUCAGAAUCAGAAACAGAAAAUUUAGAUCAUGGCUUCUGCUGCUUGUGUGAACAAUGUAGGUAUGUUACCAGAAGGAUUUCUCGAUUGUUCAACUUCAUCAUCGUAUAAUCCUUCAUCUUCGUAUGGCUGGUUUAGCCCGAGAAUUUCAUUUAGUCGUGAUUUUGUUGAAGAAGAAUCCAAGAAAGCAGCAGCAUCAUCGUCUUCUUCUGGUUCAAAACAAAAAAUGGUGAAUCAUCUUACUGUACAAGAAGGUAGUGAUGAUGAUGAAGAAGAUCUGGAAGUUGUUGUCGCUGGAUCGGUGAAGAAGGAGUUGUUCCAGAAGGUUGUUGUUGGUUCUAAUAAUAAGGAUUUUGGUUUUGGUGAUUUUGAGUUUAGAUUAGAAGAAGAUCCGGUGAAAAUGUUAGAUGCUGAUGAGCUAUUUUCCGAUGGGAAAUUAGUGCCACGUCAGCUGAAUACCGCGAGGCCGGUGAUAGAAUCUACUGUUACGUCGGAGGAAGAUGAAAUUAGAGGAGUGAUCAAUUCGGUGCCGGAAACUGCUAAAGCGUUUCGGAGGAUUGAUAUUUCAGAUGCUGAACUGUAUCUGUUUUCACCUAAAGCUCCCAGAUGUUCUAGCAGAUGGAAAGAACUAUUAGGUUUGAAGAGAAAUAGCAAUAAUAGUCCAAAUCCUAAAAAUCAUGAUCAGAACCAGAACCAGAAGAUUUCUUCUUCUUCGUCAUCAUCGUCUUUGAAAAGCGGUGCUCUGAAACAUUUUUUACAUAGAAACAACCCUAAAUCAUUAUCACAAUCACUUGAUUCAUCUUUAAAUCUUCCAUUACUCCGAGAUUCAGAUUCAACUGAAAUCAUUUUACCAAACUCAUUAUCAUCAUCCUCAAGUUCAUCUGCAUCUUCAUCCUCAAACCAGGAUGAACAUCCUCCCCAUCCAAGAUUCUCAUUAGAUUCAGAUCCAAAACAUAUGAGUCAUAUUUCACUCAAUAGAAAUCCACCUAGAGUUAGAUUAUCAAAAUCAAGACCACCAACAGGAUCAUCAACAUCAGCAGAAAUUCAUCAACACCAUACUUCAGUCAGAGCAAGAAGCUCAAUGCAUAGAGUAUCAUCAUCAGAUCAAUCAUCAAAUCAGAGUAUUGGAUUGACAAUUGAUAGUCCAAGAAUGAAUUCAUCUGGUAAAAUCGUGUUUCAAAGUUUGGAAAGAAGUUCAAGUAGUCCAAGUACAUUCAAUGGUGGUCCUAGAGUUAAACAUAGAGGUGUUGAAAGAUCUUAUUCCGCUAAUGUUAGGGUUACACCUGUAUUGAAUGUGCCUGUUUGUUCACUUCGUGGUUCAUCAAAAUCUGGGGGUUCUGUUUUUGGGUUCUUUUCUUCUACUAAUACUUCUAUUACUACUACACCUCAGAAGAGAGGAGAUAGUAAUAACGGAUCAUCAUCCCUAAGAAAUCAUCAUCAUCAUCAUACAACCAGAAGUCGGUCUUCUACAUCUACAACACCUACAACUACAGCUACAGCAACUACAAAUUCAAUUACUGAUCGGAAUUAACAUUUGAGAGGAAGGUGAAAAAUAGAGAGAAAUUUAUUAUUUGGUAAAACUCCAACUUUAACUUUUUUUUUUUAGUUGAUUUUUUUUCUUUAAUUGUUGGAUCUGAUUUUAGUUUUAGGGUGUUCUUGUAUAUACAAUUUGAUUUUGCAGUUUUUUACUCUAAUGUAAUGCUCUUUUAAGGGUUCUUAUUGUGUUUUUUUUCUUCUUCUUUGAAAAAUGAGGAGAUUACCAAUUUGAUUAUUAAUCAAACUUGAGGAUGUUAACAUUUUAAUGGGAUUGGGAUUCAUUUUUAC